UUUGUGCACCAGAAUGCAGACUCUAUCGAUGGUAGUGUUCGCUGUCUUGGCCGUUGCGGCUGCCCAGUACGCCCUGCCCUAUGGCGGCCUGGCCUACUCGGUACAACCGGACGCCUCCACAUACUGGACCAACUUAGCCGCCCCCUAUACCAAUUACGCCUCUGCCAUCUACAAGGACAUCGCUGCCAACGCCCCGGCCGGUGUACGCCCCCAACACGACGGCCUCAGCACCAUGUUCGACGGCAAAGUCCCCGUCUUUCCUAUCGAGGGCUCGUUUAGUUACGUGGACCUCAAUGGUGUGAAACAGACGGUCGACUUCACUGUGGACAAGUCUGGCUUCCGUGUGUCUGGCACCAACCUGCCGCCGGCUGCUGUCACCGACGUGAAGACGCCCGCCGACGCUGCUGCUACCAAGAGUGGCUACCGCAAGUAACACAGCGCUCUACCGAUCGGCGGGACCCCUGAGGUGGCCGCCGCCAAUGCUGGGCACUCCCGCCAGUACAGUGCAGCCGUUCUUCGUGUGUACCCUCAGACGUACGCUGCCUCCGGCGCUCCAGUCACGUUCCAGGGCACGCACGUCCCGAGGGCGUUUCUUAAACGUACGAUUGUAUUCACCCGAACCCCCUCCCUUACCUUCGCAUGUUUUGGUAAGUGCUCGGAGCCUACUCACCUGCGAUCAAAUGCUGACUUUUCAUCUCUGACUUGCUUCCAAACGUUCUAUUUGUGUCCAUAUGCAUAUACACCG